AUGAAGGCCAACUGUACAAGGAGGAUUUUGAAGGAUAUCCAAGAACAGGGGAAAUUGACGGCUGAGGAAGUGAAACAGCUCUUAGAAUCUCUACUCGCGAAUAUUCUCAGAUUUUUCGUUCUCUACUGUGUACAUGGCCUCAGAGACCAAGUGUCGACCAAAUUAUCGAAUACUGGCGAAGUUAUGUACCGGCUGAAAUAUCCGGCUGAAAUGAGUACUGUGUCUACAGUAGCUCAGUCAGAUGAGAUCACUCACUUGCCUGUCCCACAAAUCGUGGAACUUGUUCUCGGAGAAGCGCUUCAUAGUCAAAUUUCUCAUAGAUACGGUUGCGCUGUAUUCCGUUUUAUUUGUAAUUUUAUUUUCAGGAGGCUAUCCAUGAAGAUACGUCAACGGAAAGGAAGUAAGAUUCUCUCGUCAACGGAUGUGGACAGUCAUCUUUAUAUGAUUUUCACAAUAUUUCAAGAUUGGGCCCUGCUAAUGAAGAUUAAACAGCUGCGGAUAAUACUUAGGGAUAACAUGCGUGAACUGAAACCUGGAGACUAUGAGCAAAAAUUAUGGAGCUCACGAGAUUGCCACCAUGGACCAGCCAAGUUCUAUUGGAACAUAUCCGAGUUCUGCGAGAAUGGUGACAGCUUACAGUUUUGUGUGAAUCCUUCCCUUAUUGAAGUCAAGGAUCAAGAUGAUAAACCGAAGACCAAAAAGAAGAAACAGCAGAAGGUUUCUCAGCGAGCUUCUGGUCAGGAUACAGGAGCUAGCUCGUCUGCAGUCCCGGCGGAAGACUCGGCGUACACAAGCGCUACAGGAGCAUGCGUCAGCAGUGGCGUAGCAUCCUACUCGGUAAUUGUAAGUUCUUCUGCACUCAUGCAACCACCGUAG